AUGGACGCCUUCUACUCGACCUCAUCGGCAGCGGCGGCGGCCGAUUGGUGUUACGACUCACACAACAAGUUCCGCGAGAUCUCCCCCGCCGUGCGAUCGCACCUCAAGCUCGUUUACCGGGCCGUAUGUUUUGCCCUGGUCUCGUCCGCUGUGGGUGCUUACCUGCACGUUGCCCUCAACAUCGGCGGGAUGCUGACAAUGCUCGCGUGCAUGGGAAACAUUGUCUUGUUUUCAUUGACGCCAGUCUAUGAGGAGAGGAAGAGGUUUGUGCUGCUGAUGGCUGCUGCCAUCCUGCAAGGGGCAACGAUUUGCCCUCUGAUUCACCUUCCCAUGGACUUUGACCCAAGCAUCCUUGCAACAGGGUUUGUUGGAAUUGCCAUCGCAUUAGGGUGCUUCUCUUGCGUCACCAACAUUGCCAAGCGCAGUGUCACCAGCAUUGCCAAGCGUAGUGAGUACAUGUACCUCCUUGUUCUGCUCUCUUCUGACAUGUCGAUCCUGCUCUGGCUCCAGUUGGCCACAUCCAUCUUUGUCCUCUUGACCGGCAGCUUCAUGGUUGAGGUCUACUCUGGCAUCUUGAUCUUCGUGGGAUACAUGGUGUACGACAUGCAUCAGAUCGUUGAGAGGGCACACCGCGGUGACAUGGACUACAUCGGACACGCGCUCACCCUCUUCACCGACAUCACCGCCGUCCUUGACCGGAUCUUUAUCAUAAUGAACGCAGGAGACAAGUCCGAGGACAAGAAGAAGAAGAGGAGCAUGUUGCAGCCCAACAAUGCAUGCAUGUCGGCAAGGAGUUGUGAUUUUGCUAGACAUAGUUCUAGUGAGUUGUAUUGA